CCCACACACAGACAUGUGCUUUACUAAUAUGAGAGGCAUCUCUGAAAGCAGUCGGGAUGACCUUUGAGGCUCUCAGAUAACUCCAGGUCUGAUCUUUCCUGUGGUGUAAUUAAUGUGUUGAAGGAGACAAAUUUUCAACAUGUGAGGACUGUGUACUACACAAAGUUCGCAGUGUUUCUGCUUCAUCACAAGGAAUGACUGAUGGUGGGUCAUUCUCACACUCGUGAUUAGAAGUAUUAGUAGUCUUCAUAAUUUAAUUUUCCUUUGUGACCUUGAAUGAAGUACAUUGCCUGUCUGAGAGAUUUUAAUAUCUCCUUCCCUUUUGUACUGGUUCAUUUGCAUACUACUGUCAUAUUACUCCAGUUUCUUUGUUUAUAUUGUAAUGAUUAUAUUCCCUUCACAGCACCUUUUCAUUUUCUUUGCUAAAAAUAAGUGAACUGAUAAAGCAUGAGAGUCUGCUAUGAAGCCAAGUUCUUCAAAGUUCUACCUGCUAAAACCUUCAGCCUUUCCUUAGAUUUCACUGUAUCCUGUCAUUGCCUACACACAAGUUCGUUGACUGAACUGCCCAUCCACAGAGAAAUGGAAGGCAGUGACCUUUGAGGAUGUGGCCGUGAACUUCACCAUGGAGGAGUGGGCUUUGUUGGAUCCAUCCCAGAAGAAGCUCCACAGAGAUGUGAUGUGGGAAAACUUUACAAAUGUGACUGCUAUAGGAAGAAACUGGGAUGACCAGCAAAUUGAGGAUGAGUACAAAAAUUUCAAGAAAAUUUUAAGAAGUGCAGAAGUAGAUAAAUGCUCACAAUAUAAAUUAUGGUAUCAACAUAAAGAGAAGGUUUUUAUGAAUCCCAACACAACUGUGCACAUGAAACUGCUUGGUAUAAAAGCAGGUGAAAGCCUUGCAUGUGAAAAGCCUCUGAUUGGUCAUUCAUUGCCAACCAUGCCCAUCAUAUAUAACACAGGACUCAAAUCGUAUGAGCUCCAUGGAUUUGAACAGAAGGUGUAUAACUGUAGCAGACGUGAGAAAACAUCCACUGACUUUCAGUCCAUUCAGAAAUAUGCAAAAACAAAUCCUGAAGAAAAACCCUAUGGAUAUAAGCAAUAUGGAAAAUCCUACUCUGAUUGCACUGAAGGUAAUAAUACUGAAGAGAAAUCCCUUCUAUAUGAGCAAGAUGUGAGAGCCUUUAGUACACCCAGCUAUGUCCAAAUCCAGGAAAGAAACCACAGUAGCGUGACUACCUAUAUAUGUAUACAACGUGGAAAAGGUUUGAAUUCUCACCUUGAUGCUCAGAAACAUGAAAGUGCUCAGACUGGAACAAAAUCCUAUGUGCAUGAAUACUCUUGGAAAUCCAUAAAUACUAACACUUCAUUUGGUAACCAUGGAAGUCCUCACAUUGUUGGAAAACCCUAUGUAUGUAAGCAAUGUGGAAAAGCUUUCAGCAUACAGAGUCAUUGUCGAAGACAUGAAAGAAUUCACACUGGGAAGAAACCCUACAUAUGUAAACAGUGUGGAAAAGCUUUCAGCAGGCACAGUUCUUGUCAAAUACAUGAAAGGACCCACACUGGGGAGAAACCCUUUGUAUGUAAGCAGUGUGGCAAAGCUUUCAGCACACACAGUUAUUGUCAAAGACAUGAACGAUCUCACACUGGGGUAAAACCCUAUGUAUGUAAGCAGUGUGGGAAAGCUUUCAGCACUCAGGGUAAUUGUCAAAUACAUGAAAGGACUCACACUGGAGAGAAACCUUAUGUAUGUAAACAAUGUGGGAAAGCUUUCAGCAUACAUGGUAACUGUCAAACACAUGAAAGAACUCAUACUCAGGAAAAACCCUAUGUAUGUAAUCAAUGUGGAAAAGCUUUCACUACACACAGUUCUUGUCUAAUACAUGAGCAAACUCACACUGGGGAGAAACACUAUAUAUGUAAGCAGUGUGGGAAAGCUUUUAGCAGGCACAGUGUAUGUAAAAUACAUGAAAGGACCCACACUGGGGAGAAACCCUAUGUAUGUAAACAAUGUGGGAAAGCUUUCAGCACACACAGUCAUUGCAGAAGACAUGAACGAACUCACACUGGGGAGAAACCCUAUGUAUGCAAGCAGUGUGGGAAAGCUUUCAGUACACAUGGUAAUUGUCAAACACAUGAAAGAACUCACACUGGGGAAAAACCAUAUGUAUGUAAGCAAUGUGGGAAAGCUUUCAGUACACACAGUUCUUGUCAAACACAUGAAAGGACUCACACUGGGAUAAAAACCCAUGUAUGUAAGCAAUGUGGGAAAGCUUUCAGCACCCAUGGUUCUUGUCAAAUACAUGAACGGACUCACACUGGGGAGAAACCCUAUAUAUGUAAGCAAUGUGGGAAAGCUUUCAGCAGGCACAGUGUAUGUAAAAUACAUGAAAGGACUCACACUGGAGAGAAGCCCUAUGUGUGUAAGCAAUGUGGAAAAGCUUUCAGCAGGCAGAGUGAAUGUAAAAUACAUGAAAGGACUCACAGUGGGGAGAAUCCCUAUAUAUGUAACCAAUGUGGGAAAGCUUUCAAGAGACAGAGUCAUUGUAAAACACAUGAAAAGACUCACACUGGGGAGAAACCUUAUGUAUGUAAGCACUGUGGCAAAGCUUUCAAGAGACAGAGUCAUUGUAAAAUACAUGAAAGGACUCACACUGGGGAGAAACCCUAUGAAUGUAAGCAGUGUGGGAAAGCUUUUACCAGACACAGUCAUUGUCAGAAACAUGAAAGGACUCACAAUGAGGAAGAACCCUCUGUACGUAAGCAAUAUGGAAACACCUUUCAGUUAUUCUGGUAACAAUCACAGAUAUUAAAAAAUUAAAAGGAAAUUAACUCUGAAUACAUAAACGUGACUUGUGCUGACAUGAAAGGACAGUGCAGAGAAGCACUUUUGCAAUAUUUAAAAAUCAGUGUACCAGUAUUAUUAUAUACCUGAAAGAAUCCAUAGAACAGAGAAUCAGAACAUGUGAAAAAUAUGGGAAAUGUUUUAUUUUUUUAGUGCAUUCAAGUUCAUGAAGAUUUAUAUAAAGGAAGCCAUUGUGUGCAAUAAAUGUGGGAGACACUUGCAUUUUUCCACUUACCAUGAAAAUCAUGAACUGCCAGUGAAGAGAAAGCCUAUGUAAAUAAUGUGUGAAAGGUUUUUUGAUUCUUAUAACAUCAGAAAACUCAAAAUGAGAUUUAGUAUAAAUACCAAAUGUGAGAAAACUAAGAAUCAGAGUGACAGAUAUACACAGGUGUUAUACUGAUUCACAGCACACCUGUAGAGGCCUUCCUCUGAUGUAUCUGUGGAUUAAUACACUGAUAAGGUUGGAAAGGGCAUAAUGUUAAAUUCAGAAUAACAAAGCACCUUGCCUCCAAGUCUUCAAUACAGGCCUUUUAGGGACAUUUUUACAUGCAAACCAUCGCCUUGGUUGUAUGGGUAGAUUUUAUUCAUACAAUGAUACUUUAUUGAGUCUUGAAAGGAAAUCCUCCAUUUGUGAAAAAUGUAGAUCAACCAAGAGGUCAUUAUUUGAAAUAUGCCACACAUAGGCAAAUAAAAGGUUUUUAACGUCUAAAGUUGACACCUUUGAAGAAGCAGAGAGUUUAGUGUUGGUUGCCAUGUGUGUAGGUGGGGAAAUUGAUGUUAAUGAGAAAGCGCAGUGUUUCUCUUGUAGAAUACAAAGUGGCAUAGAUCCCAUAGUGAUUGCAGAGAUUGAAACGGUGCCAUGUACAUUACAAUUGGCUCAAAGUUGUUCCUAGUGUUUUCUACAUAUAUCCAAAAGGUUAUUGUGUAGGGGAAGCUAGUGCCACCAAGAAAGAAUGUCCUAAUUUCACAAUAUGAACAGCAACAGAUUACACUGUAAAUGUUCAAUAUAUGAUUUUGUUUCUUAAUGAAAUGAAUCCAAUUAAAGGUAGCAAAAAUUACAUGACUAUGAUUGCAUGCUGUAUCCAUAGACUCCUUCAAUUUCUACAAGUGUAAUUUAGUUUGUACUGAAAUUAUUGAGCAUUUCAGUGAAAUUUGUACUUGGUUCAUUGGAAAUGUAGUUUUUUGAGGAUAUAAUUUGGAAACAAUUGACAUCGUGAAUUUGUUUCAUCACAUUUUGACAAAGUUCUUACAUACAUGUUCAGAAAACUUUCUACAUUUUAAAAGCACUUAAAGCUCGACUGAUUUAAUUCACUUAACAUUGUUUUUAAAGUCUAUGUAUUGUCCUACAAAUACCUUGAAUUUAUCUUUCUUUAUAGCCAAGUAGUAUUCCAUUAUGCAUAGAUAUAUUGUCUUCAUUCACCUAUUAGUGGACAUAUAUGAGGAAACAGAGAGAUAGCUCUUUGGCAAAUGGAAGGGAAUCAGGAGGCCAAGGAUAGGAAGGAGGGGACAUAGAAAGAUUUAAUGUCAUGUACCAACAAUACACAAUGAAUGCAAUCUUUAUAGGUCACAAACAACAGUUCAUGUUUCAGACAAUGAUGAUAAAGAAAUUAAGAAACAUGAUCUAGAGCCAGAAGGACAGUGGUAAGUGAGGAGAGGAAAGGAAACCAUAAACAAAAUGUUAAGUACGUGCCCCUGCUCUCUAAGUUGGAUGGGGAGGAUGUGUUCUUCAAACAUGUAUUCAUUAAAAUGCAUAAUACUUUAAUACUUGACCCUGUCUUAGUGCAUUGCAGUGGACCUAACUGAAAUACCAUACAAUUGUUCACCUUAUGAAAUAAUUAUUUCUCACAGUUGUGAAGCCUCGGAAAUCCAGCAUCCAAGCACUGGCAACUUCAAUAUCGAAUGAGAAAUGUUUUACCUAUGGUGACUUCUAGUCAAGUUCUCAUAUCAUUACCUUGGGAAUUAGGUUUUAAGACAUGGAUUUUGAGUUAACUACACAUUCAGAACACAGAAAUUAUAUGAGGUUAUAUUGUGUGUUGAACAAUGUAGUGGAUUGUAUGAGGUUUCAUGUGUCCUCCAGAAGUAUUUAUGUUGACAUACAGUGCACACUUUGAAGUAUUUUGAGGACAAAAAUUUAAGCAAUCUUUUGCAAUUAGAAUUUAGAAGAAAUAAUGCAAUUAUAGACUUGAUGAACUGAAUUAGGCACAAAGUUUUCCUGAAGGAAAGACAAGUUUGAUCACCAUUUAUUUUGAAAUCCUCAAAGUGAGUAUUAAAAGUAAAUGACAGAUACAAAUCUUUGCCAGGCUCAUAAAAUAAUUUUCCAUGUUAUCAGUGCUGGCUGCUUCCUGAGUGAAUUAAGCUUCUAUCAGCAUAGUCAAAAAUUGUUAUAGAGGACAGAAAAAGAAUAUUAAAGAUGAAGUUUCUGAGAUCGUCGGAGAAUCAGCAUAGAAUCUGCAGUGUGGUGGCAAGUUUUAAUUUCACAAAGUCAGACCAGUGCAAUGUACUUCCAAAUGUAGUUCAUUUCCCCACUUACCACUUCUUUUCCAAAAAAAAACAGGUGAUUGACAGGAUCACAUCCUAUCACUUAGCUUGAAUAUCUGACUUCUAUCAAACUCACUCCAUUAAUUACUACACCAGCGAGUUCUGUGUUCUCCGAGUAGUAUAACCCUACUUGUCAUUUCCCACCUACCCCUAACACCUCAGUUUAGUGCAGUAAUGUCUUCAUUGGCUUCUUCCUCUUUCAAAAUGGAAACACCCCAUUAGAAUUUUAAGGGGCACAUUUCACAUCUGUGGCCAUUUUGCAUCUUUCAGGCCUAAUUUUUAUAAUAUGCAUGCUGAAGGCCAGAAUUACUUCUUUAGAAAGCAUAUGGAAAUUUGAGGUCUGCAUUCAAUACCCCGUAAACAUACACUUAGAACAUGAAUACAUCCAAUAUGCAGGUCUUUGUCCAUGCAUUAUAUAUUCAAUAUUUUAAGGACCUUUUGAGGUACAGUUCUGAUUGAUUGAUUUUACUGAUGAAACACCUGAAAGCUAGAGAAAUUUUAAAAUACCACAAGUUCUCAGCUUGGGUUACUGUGGGAAAGUUAAAAUUAUGUGUAUGGGUGUAAUUCUACCCUCUUCUGUCCUUAUUUUUUUCUCUGAUCCAUAUGUCAUGCAUCAUGAAUUGUUCUGCUGUCUGGUCUUUUCCUCAUUCUUUUAUUCUGUGAAGGAGAAUCAUUUGUGAAUUGAUCUUGUCAUGUCUAUAAUGUACUCCUGUCAUUAUGGAUCCUAUUAUGAGAUGCCUUGGUAUGUGUCCAUCUGCUGGUUGAGUUGAAAUAUUACAAAAUAAAGGAAAGGUUCUGGCUCA